AUGAAGCCUGCCGCAGCGGCCUGGUUCAUGGCGGUGGCGGUGCUCCUGGCCGCUGCCGCCGCCGCUGUGGCAAAGUCCGCCGCGUCGAGGCCGGCGCUUCUGCUCCAACGCACGGUGCCGCUGCCGGCAUCGUCCCUGGAGACGCUCCAGAACCUGGACAAGAAGCGGUUCGCUAGCAGGACGAGCGUGCCGGACUUCGACUUGGUGGGCAUGCCCGGGCUGUAUUAUACACUCGUGACUUUGGGCAACCCACCGAAAAAUUAUUCUGUGCAAUUUGAUACCGGUAGCGACAUCAUGUGGGUUACUUGCAGCCCCUGCCCUGAUUGCCCGACGCCAGGUCGAAUCUAUGACACAUUGGAGGUGUACAACCCCAAUAAUUCUUCAACGUCGUCCAACAUAUCAUGCUCUGAUGACAUGUGUAAACAUGCUAUCAAAUCAAAGAAUUCGAUAUGUCAAGCCUCGGACACUCCAAACAACCAAUGUGGUUACUGGCAGGAGUAUGCCGAUGGAACUACCACGGGAGGGUACUAUGUGUCUGAUAUAAUGCAUUUCGACACUGUCAUGGGAAACGGAAGUGAGGGGGCUACUGUUUCUUCUGCCUCCGUCGUCUUUGGAUGUAGUGACUCGCAGUCAGGGGCACUGCAACAAGAUGGAAUUAUGGGGUUUGGAAAGGCUGCACCAUCUGUUAUGUUGCAACUGAGCUCUCAAGGGGUGUCUCCUAAGGCCUUCUCUCAUUGUCUGACAAGUUCAGGUGAUGGUGGUGGCAUUCUUGUUCUCGGUGAAGUUGUAGAGCCAGGAUUUCUAUUUACUCCACUCGUUUCAUCACGGCCUGGUUACAACGUGAACAUGAAGAGCAUUUCUGUCAAUGGUCAAAAUGUCCCUAUUGAUUCUUCCUUGUUUACAACAUCAAAGACCCAAGAAACAUUUGUAGAUUCUGGAACAUCAUUAGCAUACCUUCCAGAUGGAGUUUAUGACCCUGUUAUUAGAGCGAUAAUUGAUGCUGCUCCAUCAUCUGUGAAUUAUUGUGUCAUAUCGGGAAAUGAAUGUUUUAUUUUCUGGAAAAGCAAUGUAUCUGAAUUUCCAACAGUGGCACUAUAUUUUGAGGGUGGUGUUCCAUUGAGAGUGGGUCCGGCAAACUAUCUCGUGCCCAAGGCUUUAUCUGACCUUCCAGACAACGAAGUCAUAUUCUGCAUUGGCUUUCAAAGUAGCAAGAUGUUCAAGGGUUCUGAGCAUGCCACUAUUCUAGGAGAUCUUGUCUUACGUGAUAGGAUAUUUACAUAUAACUUGGAGAAGAUGCGCUUGGGUUGGAUAGACUAUAACUGCUCUCUAAUGAACAAGACCACCGUGGUUGUUGCCAGUGAGUCGCUGAGGAGCCACACACCAUCAUACUUCGGCCUAAUAAUAGCUAUUGGGGUUGCCCUCAUAAAUACUAACAUCAUUGCACUGCUGUGGCUCGAUAGCUAA